AUGUUCCCCCGCCUCGUCUCCACCCUCGUCGUCGCCCUCUUCGGCUUUGUCUCACUCACCUCCGCCCUCCCUCUCGGCCACCGCUCGGAGCCCCUCCGCUGGCGCACACCCUUCGGCAAGCACCUCGUCGCUGACAGUCUUGUCGAGCUCGAGUGGGAAGGUGGAUCGGGCAAUGGGUACGAUGUCUAUUUUAUACCUCAAUGGCCUGGGAGUACCGACAUCAAGCAUAUCGGGAUCGCCCAAACAAAGUCAACAUCUUUGAAGUGGAGGGUACCGAGGGCGGACGCUUAUCCCGACGACACCACAUUCAUCCUCGUCGUCCGAGACCAAUCCCCUUCCACAUCCCCCAACUCCAAACGCAGCACCGUCUGGUACGACCACACCUCCACCCUCGAGCUCACCAGUAUGGCUCUCUGGCGGCGUGCAUGA